AUGGCUCAUAGAUUACUUGUCAACGUUAUAUUCACAGGAGCAUCUGUGUUUGGCCGUGCUUUUACCGAAGCCUAUAAACAAGCUGCUAAAGCAUCAGCUGCUGGAGGUGCAGCUGCUGGACCAGCUAAGACUACUUCAGCAGGAGGUAUUUCAGUUGAUGAAUCACUCAAGAUCUUAGGAAUAGAUAAGAAAGAUUUGAAUUUGGCGAAGAUAGAGGAGAAAUAUAAAUAUCUAUUUGAUGUCAAUUCGAAAGAACGAGGUAAUUCAUUCUAUUUACAAAGUAAGAUAUAUUAUGCUAUGGAUAAUCUAAAGAAAGAACUAGAAUAUUUAGAGAAAGUUAGAGAUCAAAAGACUGAAGAGAAUUCAACUUAG